AUGAAUGAAGCGGUGGUAAGCGUCGGUGGAGUGAGAAAAGUAUUGAAUACAUUGCAAAGAAAGCAUCAGUGGCUCAUAAAUGAUGCUCGUCUUUUUUACAUUGGUGGCCAGUGGCAUGGCACAGUGCAAUCGUUGAUAGUGGAACACUUGUCACGCUGUCGGGAGCUGAAGCGACCGCUGGUGCAACAUGAACAUGUGGGAAAUGUUCUGCAUCCCCUUCGAUUAGAGGAUGAGUACAGUCGCAAGGAGCGUUUUCUCCAGUCGCUGUUCGAUGAAGCGGAUUUCAAUGUUUCGGCUGAUCCCCUUUUUUAUUUAUUCUCUGGCUCCUGCUGCAACAUUGGGGUCCAAGAGCCAGUUGGUAAUAAUUUUUCAAAAGCUUGCGAACUUCCUCUUACAGUAAAUGAGGCGGCUGCGCAUGUCAGGCGGCACACCGCACACCAGUCCAUGUCGGAUCGUUUUCCCUCAUCCGUUGAGCCGCAUCUGUUGGAAGGCGGUUUAUCUGACAAAAGUGCUGUCGUGUGUACUCCUGUCGUUUUUUUGCGGGAGUUAUUUCACAGCUGCGCGGCAGACGUUGUGGCACUUGACUUCAGUGGGCCUCAUGAAAUGGGGAUGUUUCCACAAAACUCGGUUUCUACCGUAAGCGUACUGCAGGAUGUCAGAGAUGCGAUGACGCUAAGUUCGUAUCUUCUUAAACCGUCAGGUGCCUUGUUGUUAAGGUUUCCUCUCUGCAUGGUGUCCCGAGAAAAAGGAAGUUUCCUGAGACUCAUGAAAUGUCUAACCUGGGGCUUUCAGGUAUCGAGGCGUUGUGUGGAUGGGGAAUAUAUAUAUUGUUUAGGUUGCAGGAAAGUUGCAGAGUAUCCGGCUGCUGUGGAGCACCGACUUCGACCCUCCAGACGUGCAGGUGGUGCAGAGAAGGGUACCGGGAGGCGGAACUUCCGCAAUAACGUCAAGCGCUCUUAUUUCGCUGCGUUAAUGCCCAGUUUCACGAAUGCCGCUUUUGUCAAGGAACCAAUGGAGGGUUCGGCUCCGCGCGACAGCGGUCCCGCCAGAAACGCCAAAAUGGAUGAAGAAGCGUUUUUUGCCGUAUCUGUUGAGAUGAUGGAGAAGGGUUUGUACAACCACAAACCUGACGAGUAA